AUGUGGGCGUUUGAAAUCUUCCCAACAGCGCCAGGUGCAGACACGGCGCGCGGAAUUACGGACUACGAGUGUCCGGUUCCCACCACAUCAGGUUGUGUACGCCCAGCAACUCUGGCAAUUGACCAUACGACAGAUUCAUGUGGCCAAAGUUUCUUGUGCUCUCCUGGUACGCUCAAAAGUCCCGACUAUCCGUCUCGAUACCCUAACAGCAUGAGCUGCACCUGGACUAUUUUUAGCACGAUUGGACAGAAAGUUCUCUUGCAGUUUUCUCUAUUCAAGCUGGAGAGCCAUCCUUCCUGUGCGUGGGAUUAUUUGGACGUUUAUGAUGGUGAUUCGAAGCACGCGCCAAGACUGGGCCGGUUUUGUGGAGACAAUUUUCCAAAAAGACUGGUUUCUUCUGGAUCUAAGCUCCAUCUUGUUUUUUACGCCGAUAAUAAUAUGCGCGAAGAGGGAUUUAUUUUGAAUUUUACAUCGAUAUAUUAUGGUAAGAUAUAA